AUGGACCCGGUGCAGAAGGCAGUGAUCAGCCACACCUUCGGCGUGCCCACCCCGCUCAAGAAGAAGCAGUUCAUCUCCUGCAACAUCUGCCACCUGCGCUUCAACUCUGCGAACCAGGCGGAAGCCCACUACAAGGGCCACAAGCACGCGCGGAGGCUGAAAGCCAUCGAGGCUGCCGGUCGGGAUGUCACAGCUGACUUCGCCCCCAGCCCGGAGGGCAGCGGGGAGCCCAGCAGCACAGCUCAAGCCAACGGCGUGCCAGAGCCGGAGCGAGAGUGCAGCAGCCUGGGGCUCCCGCCCAGCACGGAGGAAUCACCCGAGGAGUCGGGCAGCGUCACCCUCCUGGGCUCCCCGCCAGGCUCGGAGCUGUCGGAGGGCACCUCAGACGCCACCAGCGUGGCUUCGGCCAUGCAGGUAGCCGAGGCGCAGGCAGCCGAGUCGGGCAGCAGCGCUGGCUCGGUCCCCGAGAGCGAGAAGGAGGCGAAGAAGAGCAAACAGCACCUGUACUGUCCCACCUGCAAAGUGACCGUCAACUCCCUGUCCCAGCUGGAGGCUCACAACACCGGCGCCAAGCACAAGUCGAUGCUGGAAGGUCACAGCACCCAGAUGCGGCGAGGCCGAGGGAAGCUCCUCUCCCGGGCAGGGCACAAGUCCAAGCGGAUCGGCAACAAGGGCAGCAUCAACAUCCAGAACAAGGCGUUUCACUGCCAAGUGUGCGAGAUCUACGUGAACUCGGAGACCCAGCUCAAACAGCACAUGAGCAGCCGGCGCCCGCCCAAGCCCAAGUACAGCCCCUAUAACAAGCUGCAGAAGAACGCUGCCCUCGCAGUGAGUAUUCUCAAGGUAUCUGUCUCCCAGCAAUUCACCUACCCCCUUCGCGCUCCCAAAUGUCCUUCCCCGU